AUGCCUCGAGAGAUAGGGCCCUCUCUCAACGAGAGACAGUUCUUCCAGAAAGCGCUGCAGGAGAACCUGCGCAUCGACGGCCGCGCCUUCGACCAGUUCCGGGCCCUCGAGCUCGACUUCGGCGACGAAUAUGGGGUCGCGGACGUCAGGCUCGGGAAGACGAGACUGAUCACCAAAAUCUCCGCCGAAGUCACAGCCCCCUUUCCCGACCGCCCCUUCGACGGCAUCUUCACCAUCAGCACCGAGCUCUCGCCCAUGACACUACCCAGUUUCGAAGUCGCGCGGCCCUCAGAAACCGAGCUUCUGCUCUCGCGGCUCCUGGAGAAGACGCUCCGGCGGUCCCAAGCCCUGGACACCGAAUCGCUGUGCCUGAUCGCCGGGUCUCAAGUGUGGUCGGUGCGGGCGGACGUGCAUGUGCUAUCGCACGAUGGGAACCUCGUCGAUGCGGCGUGCGUCGGCGUCGUGGCGGCGCUCCGACAUUUCAGGAAACCGGAUACCGCGAUCGAGGGCGAGAAAGUGACGGUGUUUACGCUGGCGGAGAGGGAACCCGUGCCCUUGAGCUUGCUGCAUGAUCCGCUGUGCGUGACGUUUAGCUUUUAUGGGGACGCGGGAGAGACGACGUUGUUGGAUGCGACGAUGCUGGAGGAGCAGCUGAGGGUCGGGUCUAUGACGAUUAGUAUGAAUAGGCAUGGGGAGCUGUGUCAGAUUGCCAAGUUGGGAGGCGCGCCCGUGGACGCGGUUGCGUUGUUGCAUUGUACGAAUGUGGCGUUGGUGAAGGUCAAGGAGAUAUCAGCGUUUAUCGCACAGAGAUUAAAGGAGGAUGCUGCGAAAAGGGAUAAAGGGGGCUUGAUGGCUGAGCUCAGUGCAGAGAAUGCGAGAUGA